AUGUCGUCAGGAAGCUCAGUUAGUUUUGCUUUCCAAGCGGAUGUCGCCAAUACCGGCUCUUUACUUCACCUACUCACGGGUAGAGCCCUCAAAGCUUUGAGCGACGGCGGGGUCGACUUCUACUCUGUGGUUGUCGCUGUCACUCUCGGAAAAGGCUUCGAGAUCCGUAGCUCCUUAGGAAACACUGUCCCCGCACAUGUCAAGUCUAAGCGUGGUAUCCAAUCGGUUUUAUCGAAAGUCUUGAGCAUUGGAUGGGGCCAACCAGGGCUUGCGGUCGCGAUGACGCAGACUAAAGCAGGCGUGAAUGCCCUGGUAUUGAUUGAUGCUCUUGCCUAUGGCUCUACCGACUACCAAGCUGCCGAGUGCUUUUCAAGCCUCCUCUCACUACGAGGCUGCGAAGCUGACAAUUUGCCAAAUGUCGACGUGCUGAAAAAUAUGAUCGGCUAUCUCUCCCCCUUUCUUCUCGACUUGGGCUUUUCAAGAGUUGUCGCACAUAUUACAACAACGGCCACCCGUGCUAUAAACUUGAACCGUCCCAGAAAUUCUGAAUAUCUUGAGCGCCUUGAAAGAGCUGGGGACGCGCCAACUGUCGCAGGCGCUAUAAGUCAAUUAAUGUUGACCUCAGGAAGGAAGGAGAGUAGUUAUAUGCCUACGCGCAUGAGAGGCGCUUGGCUUUCGGCAUUUGCAAGUCAUGUACUUGGAAUGGCAGUCGAGUUACGUCUCUAUAAUGUCAUCAUAUGGGAAAGUGCGGGAAGCAACGGAACCGCUAUUUUUGAACUGGGGGAAUAUCAAGCCGACGGCCUCCAAUUCCAGGUCAUUAUAGGCCUGGGGGUUACAAUAACCGAAUUACCAGAGACCGAAGACGAGUGUUCGAUGCUUGAUAGCUGCCUCCCGAUCGGUACGGCUUUUGGAUCACUGAUUGAUCGCGAGCCAGACAUUGACGUAUUGCUCGAGCAAGACAUUCGCCGAGCGAUAUACCGGCUAUGCUUGGAAAAGCUGAAGUCGGGCCUAGAAGAGUAUUAUAUUAAGACACGAUUCCGACUUCACGGAUAUUUCAAAUAUUUUGAGGCACUCAAGGAAACGCUCAAUGCCUUCGGAUUCGAGAAUACUAUUUUUGAUUCCGUCGAUAAUCAAGCAUCUAUAGAGGAGAUCCCAGAUGCUAUAGAUGGCAUAAAGGCACUAGGCCUUAAGGCAUACGAUAGGUUGAAAAGCGCCUGUGGGAUCCAUGGAGAUAGCACUCCAAACAUCAAAACAUAUCCGCGCACAGACGUUCUUCUAAAAUUUCCUGACGAUAUCAAAUGUGUAUCUUACGGCCCUGAGAUACCUAAAGAAGAUGACCUGAGUGUUUUACUCAAUUUAGUAGACAACACCAAACUGGGCGGAGAGCAAGAACUGUCUCGCCACGAAAUCCUGGGAUAUUCAGGUAAAAGCUUUACGGUUUGCUAUACCUGUAUACUGGGCUACGACUGUUUCGAUAACCGGGGUCGCUUCUUAACUCUGCUACCUGGUCGUGCGUCUGUGGAAGGUGCAUUUAGGUCCACAAUAGUAGAAUAUCCCAGCCGCGGUAUACAUGCACAACUUUCAGAUGUUCCCGUUUCGACUCUACUCGCACCUGGGCUAACUCUCACGCCACACCAUGCUCCCUCAGGAAUCAAUACCUUCAUGGAGGUAUCCUUUAACGAAAGAAAUAUUUUAUUGUCCUUCAAAAUCGGACGCGAGAAGGCUUCGGCGGGGAUUAUAUCCAUUUCUGAAUGCUUCCAACAUAUAACGCAAGUACGUAUUAUGAAUUGCCCGCAUGAGCCUACAUCGGAAUUCCAGGUGCAAAAAGAUCAUAAUUUAGCAGUUCUUGGAUUCGGAGCUGGACUCGGAGCCUUCAACAGCAAGACACGCCGAAAUCAGAAUACCAUACGGUUGAUAGGCUUGCGCGGCAACAAGCUUGAACAGGUCCUUACACUUGGUAUGCUCGGGUCCAAUGAUCCUUACAAUCCGAGUUCCUUUUUCUACGAUCCAGGGUGUAUUCUUCAACUUGGGGCAUGUCUGAAAUGCUGCAUUGCGACUGCAGAGGAUAGGGGUAGCAAGAUCAUAAUAAUGGGUGGGUAA